AUAAUUCAGUUCGACCUGGAAUACUUGUCUUGGUGAAUGACGCAGAUUGGGAACUUCUUGGACAAUUAGAUUCAAGAUGUGUGAACCACCCGUAAAAAAGAUGAAAAGCGUUCAGUUUACAGGUGUAGAAUCUCCUCGUGAUGAUGGUGAGAUGGACCCUGAAGUAGCAAAAAGAUUACUCUUGGAGGGGGCUACACUUAUACUGCUGGAUGUGCCUCCUGGAACAGAAAUUGGUAUAGACAUGAACAGCUGGAAUAUUGGAGAUAAAUUCAGAGGCGUUAAAAUGAUUCCUCCUGGGCUCCAUUUUGUUUACUACAGCUCAGUUAAUAUUAAAGAUCGAACAACAGCCCCUAGAACUGGAUUCUUUUAUAACUUUGGACGCGGGGAGUUGGUCGCUAGAAGAUGGAGUAGACAAGAGGAGGAUAUAGUUGACACUGUUACUGAGGAAGACCGGGAACGAAUGAAAGCUGAUUUACUAAACUUGGACCGUAAUCUGGGAAGCUAUCCAUACAGUUCAUGGAAGAAAUGGAUUUCUUUAUCUAACAGAAUAAGUGAUGCAACUCUUCAACGGCUAGAGCCCAUUAACAGAAAAAUAAGUUCAGUGACUGAUAUGAUUCCAGAUUCACGAGACAGAACAGAUAUGACCAGUUCCAAUAACGACGACGUAAGACUGCCCUGUAUGAGUGCUAGGCCUGGCACUGAGGUUAGGUAUACAAACUUAUGGAAGCAGAAAUAUCCUGAGGGUUCAUCUGCCGAGGAAAUUACAAGGCAUAGUAUGGAUGGAAGCUACCAGCUGACCAAAUUUAUCGGUCAACUUGAUAAACUGUACGGAGAUCAGGUCUCCAGCUCUAUGAGUGACAGAAGUCAUGCUCAAGAAAUCCUGGCUGAGCUUCAAUUCUCAUUUCUUUGCUUCUUGGUUGGUAUGAACUAUGAUAGCUUUGAGCACUGGAAGGAGUUAGUCGUGAUGAUGUGCAGUUGUGAUUCAGCUCUUAGCGUUCAUCCAGAUUUAUUCAUGGACUUCAUUAGUGAUCUUUAUUUUCAAAUGCAAGAGGUUCCGAGGGAUUUCUUUGUAGAUAUUGUUAGCAGUGAUAAUUUUCUCUGUUCCUGCCUAAACACAUUGUUUUCUAACAUGCGAUCUACACAGGGUGUCCCUCAAAAACUAAAGUUAAAGUGCGAGAAGUUUGAAACCAAUGUGAAGAAAAAGUUUGGCUGGGAUUUUGACAUUGUACCAGAAGAUGAGGAACCGGUUGUUGUUGUUCUAUAAACCGGUUUCUGCAGUACAUUGUACUGGAGCAUGAGGAACCUGAUGUUGUUCUAUAAACCGGUUUCUGCAGUACUUUGUACCAGGAAAAUAAGGAACCGGUUGUUGUUGUUCUAUAAACCGGUUUUUACUUUUAAAAAACUUAAGAGCCAUAAGAAAAGUAUUACGAAUUACGAAGAAUUUCUUACACAAUUUUUGUUAAAAUGUACAAAUCUAAUAAACUUUUUUGAUGACA